AUGGUUGUUAGCGGUACGGAGGUUGCGAAGAACAACACCAAAGACUCGUGCUGGGUCGUUGUGCAUGGCCAAGUAUGGGACGUCACAGACUUCCUUGAUGAGCACCCAGGCGGCGCAAAACUCAUCAUCAAAUGCGCUGGCCGAGACGCGACAGAAGACUACGACUCCAUCCACAACCCAGACCUCAUCACAGAGACCCUAUCACCAGAUCGCUGCCUGGGUCCCGUAGACCCAGCAACACUACCAGAGCCGCAAGAUGCCUCGUCGAACGCUCCCGAAAAGCAAAAGCCUGCUUUCCCACAUUUAGGAGCCAUCAUCAACGCCGACGAUUUUGAAAAGGUCGCGGAGAAGUACCUCUCGCCCAUGGGCUGGGCGUACUACUACUCAGGCGCAGAAGACGAACAGAGCCUUGACGACUCGCGCCGCAUAUUCCGCAAGCUCGCCCUCCGCCCGCGCAUUCUCCGAAACGUCGACUCCAUCUCCACGUCCACCAAUAUCCUCAGCCUCCAUACUUCACUACCUUUCUACAUUUCGCCUACUGGACAGGCCAAGUACGCCCACUCCGAAGCCGAGACGAUUCUCUCGAGGGCUGCGGGCAAGGAAGGGAUCAUGUACUGUAUGCCCACCAAGCCGAGCGCGUCGGUCGAGUCCAUCUUCGGCGCCAGGGUAAACGAAGCACAGUCAUUGUUUUUUCAGCUGUACGUUGAUCGGAACCGGGAUAAGGCACAAGCUACGAUUCGGAAGGCAGAGAGGUUGGGUGCCAAAGCGAUCUUUGUGACGGUCGAUUCGCCAGUCAUCGGCAAACGUGAGCGCGAUGAAAGGCUGACUGUUGGCGAUGAACCCCUUUCAGAACCCAGCGGCCUGGCGAAGACAACGGCUUCUGGGUUACUGAAUGCGGGGUUGACGUGGGCCGAUUUGACAUGGAUAAGGCAGACGACCUCGUUGCCGAUUGUCAUCAAGGGGAUUCAGUCUGUUGAAGACGCCGUCAUCGCUCACGAGCACGGCGUGGAUGGCAUCGUGCUAUCGAACCACGGAGGAAGGUCGCAGGAUACGGCGCAGGCUCCCAUGCUGACGCUCCUUGAAAUUCGUAGAUACGCGCCGCACCUCCUCUUUCCUGAGACAAGAGCCAAAUUCCAGGUAUUUGUCGACGGUGGCAUCAGACGCGGUACGGAUGUCCUAAAGGCUAUUGCUCUUGGUGCCACAGCUGUUGGCAUUGGUCGGCCGUUCUUGUACUCGAUGACGGCUGGCUAUGGCGAGGCUGGUGUCAGGCGGUUGGUGCAGAUCCUAAGACAUGAGCUACAGACUAAUAUGGCGCUCGCGGGUGCCACGAGUGUGGAAGAAAUUGUUCCUGAGAUGGUUAAUAGCGAACGUGCUGAGAAGGAAGUUACAGGGAGGGUGAAGUUGUAG